AUGAGGAAUAUACUUUGCUAUAUGAUGCUUUAUGCUAUUGCGUCAUCAAAUUUUAGUUUUGGACACGGGCAAACAACUUUUAAUGUAAUUGAUUAUGGUGCUGCUGGAGAUGGCGAAACAGAUGAUUCUGCGGCAUUCAUAGAAGCAUGGAAUGCUUCAUGUUCAACUAAUAACGCUAGUGAAGGGUCACCAACAUUAGUAAUACCAGCAGAGAAGACAUUCCUUUUGCAACCUACCAUCUUCGUAGGUCCUUGCGAUUCUAGCGACGGUAUCCGGGUUGAGAUUAUGGGGAAAAUCGUGGCACCAAAAAAUCCAGAUGAAUGGAAAGGGGGUGAUACGUGUGUAGAAUAUUGGUUAUCCUUCGUAAAUUUGAGCAACCUCAUCAUAAAUGGAACAGGAGAAAUAAAUGGCCAAGGUUCACUUUGGUGGAGCAAUAAUACUACCUCCCAUCCUAAAAAAGCUCUACACUUUUCAAGAUGCGAUCAUCUUUGGUUAACUGGACUUACACACGUUGACAGUCCAAUGGCUCAUAUUAGUCUCACCCAUAGCAAUAAUGUUACUAUCUCCAAUCUUUAUAUUCAUGCACCUGAAGAUAGUCCUAACACAGAUGGCAUAGACAUCUCUGUCUCAACAUAUGUCAAUAUUCAUGACUCAAUAAUAGCAACUGGUGAUGAUUGUAUUGCCAUUAACAAUGGUUCAUCCUUCAUCAAUAUCUCCAAUAUUGCAUGUGGACCUGGUCAUGGGAUUAGUGUGGGAAGUUUAGGUGUCAAAAAAAGUCACCAGACAGCAGAAAAUAUACUCGUACGAAAUUGUAGUUUCAAUGGUACACAAAAUGGAGCUAGAAUUAAGACAUGGCAGGGUGGUUCUGGCUACGCUAGGAAUAUAACAUUUGAACAAAUAACACUAAUAGACGCGAAGCAUCCUAUCAUCAUUGACCAACAUUAUUGUAACGGCAGGCAUGACUGUCCAAGUUCGACUCAGGCAGUAGAAGUGAGUAAUGUUACAUAUAGUGAUUUUCAAGGAACUUCUUCGAGUUCGGAGGCGAUUGUAUUCAACUGCACAGAAAUGUCAGGUUGUACUAACAUUGUGAUGAAGCAGAUCAAUAUCACUUCGGCAGAUGCUGAUCAGAACAUUUCUGCCUCUUGUAUCAAUGCGAAUGGGACUUGUAGCUCAACUGUUCCCCAAGUAUCUUGCUUGAAGACAAAUGAAACACUCGCUUUCAAUUUAUAUACGUAG